AUAAUCAUAUGAUCAUUGAUGGCAAAUGCACGUUGCGAUCACGGUACACAUAUUAUAUGUUUAUCAUCCUAUUUUUACUUCGACAACAUUAACAUUACAUUGAAUUGCAUAUGAAUAUAGAUGAUGUGUUCCAAUAACAGACAGAAAUAUUGCAUAUAUACAAUAAACAGUAAAUGGUUUAGGCCAAGGACAUUACACGAUGUUAAAAUGUCAAAAAGAAUAUAUUGGUGCAAUUGUAGAGAGUGCCGAAAAAUAAAUCACCAAAAAGGAGUUGCAAUGUAGUACUGCAUGAUCGCGACUUUUUGGCUUGAGUCCAUUUACAAGCGAUUUAUUUUGUUCAUACGUCGGCACUACCAAGACCUAUGUAUCUUAUGACCUUUAUUUUUUCGAGGGGGGCGGAAAAUAAUUAGGUCAGUCUUCAUCAUGCUAUACCUAUUUAGAUUUUAUCGAUUCUGUUUCCAUAAUAUAUAGCACGUUUGCCUAUUGAAACACACAUUGUACCGUGUUUACGAGACUUAUAAAACUAAAUAAUUGGCCGUUCGCAUAAAUCAAAAUUGCGGAAAAAAUAAUCAAUGAGCUCGCGACUUUUCUGUUUUGCGUGACGAAAGUUGUAAUACAUUCAUCACGUAAAUCACAAGAUAAAUCUAUAUUUUUGAGAUCAUCGUUAUUUGAACUACAUACUGCAAUUGCGUUUGAAUAUCAAAUUAGACCAAGUCAACAUAUAUUUACAUGCUUAAGCACGUUACUGUCUGGGUAUUUCAAAAACUCAUUGCUAUAAACGAGGAUCAUGUUUUGUUUAUAAAAGCUAUAUAAAUACGUAGUAUAAAGUGGAUUGAUUUAAAAAGCUGGCGCCUCGCAGGUGGCAGCAGAGAAUUAUAGCUGUCUUGAAACACGUCAGCGCUAUAGUUAUCACGAGAGCCGAAUAGUUUGUUAAAGGUGUAAGGUGCUCGGUCAAAGCUAUGCUGGCAUACUGACGGGGCGGGGGAGGUAGUGGGUGGGUGGGUGACGACACUGACGAUCGCAGUGUGCUCCGACAGGUAGAGCUGGCGUCUGUAGUCUUGCAGCAACGUGUAGAGACUCUGCUCUCUGGGAUGUCUCAGCUCCCGUGCCGCUGCGGCUCUUUGCUUAUCGUGUUCGCGAGAAAGCGAGAGAGAGAGAGAGAGAGAGAGAGAGAGAGAGAAACUAAUGCCGAGAGGAGGGGAGAAGGCAGACGUGUUUGGUAUUGCGUGUGUUAUGCCGUGCAGCCGGCGCGAGUGAAGCAGCAGCAGCAGUCGCGUACGCAGAGUGUGAUUCUCUCUCGAAUAGAAUAGGUGUGUCGGUAUAACCUAAAAGACGCCCCUUGCGCAGGCUAGUGUCAGUGUGUACAAUCCACGAUCGUGGCGUAGCAGCUUUCUUGUAGUGUGUACUUGCAUAUAUAACUAGUAGUCAUCGAACACGUUGCUCGCUACUUGCAAGAACAACGCGAGGGGAAUUAUCGAAGAAUAUAUUGGUGUGCCGAAGGGGCGCGCGCGCCGCCUGCGAUUCUGUCUUUCUCUACCGUGCGUGUAAGUGUACGCUUUGCAAGAGAAAGCGAGACGAAAAGUAAGAGAGAGAGUGUGUGAGUCUGUCUGUCAUACGGCCGCGCGAGCCGACUUACCCCCGCGGAGGGGCAGCAGUAGUGCAGCCAGUAGUAUUAGCGUAGUGCUGCAGCCUCCGCAGGUGUAGCUUCCGGGCGAGGGGUGCUACUGCUCUGUUCGAUCGAAAGAGCCCGCUACUUCUGCGACUGGCGUUGGAAAUCCCUAGGUAGCGAGCUCCUAACUCCUAACUCGAGGCGGCUCUUGCGGAGCGGAGUUGUGCGCGUGCGAGCGAACGAGAGAGAGAGAGAGAGAGAGAGAGAGAGAGAGAAGGAGCGACGUCGAUUGAUCGUCGAGCGGCGGCGGCGGCGGCGGUGUGCGUUGCUCUGUCUCUCUUUCCGUCUGUGCGGGCGACGACGAUCGAGCAUAUGAUGACGGAGGGCGAGGUGUCGACGACGAUGAUGACGACCAUCCAAGUGGAGCGACGCCGGCGGUGAGUCUAGCGGGGACACGAAUGGCCAGAGCUGCUACCGCUGUCGAGGAGCCCCGGCCACAAUCUCGUCGCCGGCGCACACUCCUCGCCCGGCUAAGCCAAACGACUCCCAAGCCAGCUUGCCACUCGUGCUUCCCCCGGUGCCCUAAUCAAAGUCUACUACUCGUCGCACCUUAUGUCUCUACCUCUUCAUGAGUAUUGUGACAGAUCCAGCAGUUAGGAUGAGGAUCUUCUACAACCAAGGGGAUGAAAAAUCCUUAAUGUGGACCGAAUACCCCAUGAGCUUUUUCCUACAACUUCCAAAAUUGAAGAAAUGACUCUGAGCUCGAGCACUGGUUAGCAUUCAAUUAGUUGAAGUUUGUAGCAGCUAAUAGUGUUUAUUUAUGAAAAAUUUCAUGGAUAGCAGUACAAAUUGUGAUCAAAUGUGGUGAAAGAGUAGUGGCAAAAGUUUUUCUUUAGUGUGAACAAAAUGUGGAAUAUGAUGUGUGAUGUGAUGCCUACCAUUGUGGAGGACAGUAUCAGCCAGAGAAGCUCACAAUUCUCUGGUGAGGAUGCCAACUUUGAGCAACUUAUGGUGUCAGUGCUCGAUGAGCGAGAUAAACUCAUGGACUCGCUUAGGGAAAGUCAAGAGCGUCUCCAAGAAGCAGAAUCAAGACUGCAAGAACUUGAAAAAGAAAGGGAUGCGCUCAAUCGUCAACUUGAUGCUAACAUACCUCAGGAAUUCUCGCAGCUGACGAAAGAGCUGACGACCGCGCGGGAGAGCAUCCUCGAGAAGGAGGAGGAGAUUGCGGAGCUCAAGGCCGAGCGCAACAACACGAGGCUGCUGCUGGAACACCUGGAAUGCCUGGUCUCCAGACACGAGCGCUCGCUGAGGAUGACGGUGGUGAAGCGCCAGGCCGCCGCCCAAUCGGGCGUCUCCUCAGAGGUCGAGGUGCUCAAAGCACUCAAGAGCCUCUUCGAACAUCACAAGGCCCUGGACGAGAAGGUACGAGAAAGAUUGCGCGUCGCCCUCGAGAGGAAUACGAGCUUGGAAGAGGAACUCUCCCAUAUCAAAGAAGAGUACCACUCGCAGCUUCAACAAUACAAAUCCGGUCACGUGCCGAAAUCCCUUGACGAUCGGCCGAAGGAGAACGGUCAGGCGGAUGACAGCCAUCAGCAUCAGCAGCAGCAUCAGCAGCAACAGCAGCAGCAGCAGCAGCAGCAGCAGCAGCAGCAGCAGCAAAAGCAGAAUCCUGCAACCGAGGAACUGGCAAUCCAGGAGCAACAGCAGCAACAGCAGCAACAACAACAGCAGCAGCAGUCGGUGCAGUCGCAGCAGCAAAGUAACACGCAGGACUCGAUGGUCGAGGCUAGAUUGAGUAACGGCGCCAUCGAGGUCCCCGACCACCGCUCCAAACUCAAAGACUUGCAGACCAACCUCGACAAGCAGAGCGUGGAGUUGAGUACAUGGCAGCGGAGGGUGGCGGAAAUGAGUAGUCGCGUGGCUGAGUUGGAAGAAACGCUAGCCAAGACGCAAAAAGAAUUUCUCAAGGCUCAAGAUGCCAAUGUUAAGCUGCAACGCGAUCUCCGCGAAAACGUCGCCCAAAAGGAGGACCAGGAAGAAAGGAUAGCCACCUUAGAGAAGCGAUACCUCAACGCUCAGCGAGAAUCCAUUAGCCUACACGAUCUCAACGAGAAGCUCGAGCAGGAGUUACAGCACAAAGAAGCACAGUUGAAGUUGCAAGAGGAGAAAAUAGCAGCGGUGCAGCAGAAACUGGAACACGCCGAGCAAGAGCUGGCACAAUUCGCUAAGUUGCCCGAGAUGGAGGAGCAGCUUAAGCAGAGGAUGGAGGCUCUGACGCAGGUGAGGAGGCCCAACCAGCAGGCUCAAGAGAGGCACGGUAGCGCCGAAGACAGAAUUCAAAGACUGGAGACGCAGCUCGAGGAGAAAACUGCUGAAGUCAUGCGACUCAAUCAGAGACUGAAAAUGAACGAGGAGCACAAUGCCAGACUCAGUUCUACUGUUGACAAACUUCUGUCUGAAUCGAACGAGAGACUACAAGUGCACCUGAAAGAACGAAUGCAUGCGCUGGAGGAGAAGAAUGCACUGCAACAAGAGUUGGAGAAGAUGCGUAAGAUCUCGGAGGACCUACAGAAUGAGAAGGCGGAAAUAAUGAAGGAGUUGGGCAAGGCGCGCCUCGAGAUCGAUAGCGUCAAGCGGCAGAUGCUUCAGCAAGAAAUCGCUUUUAAUAUCCAGCAAACAGAUGCGCUCACGAGGAGCCUCUCGCCCAAUGCCGUCGACCCGGGUAGCUUCUCGCGAAGUGCCAGCCACAGCAGCUUUGACACGCAUUCGCUGCCCAGAAAAGCCGCCAAGCGACUUGAGGAUGAUAAGUGGUAUAGAAAGAGCUUCGGACUCGUGCCACCUGAUCCCUAUCCAUUGGGUUACAUCGCGCGAACGUUGGCCGAGCAGGAAUGGGAGAAGUUGCAGCAAGCUCACGUGCUUGCGAACGUACAGCAGGCAUUUGAUGUGUCGAGCGAUGCCGAGGGUGAUGGCGACAACGAGUCUCUGCUGAGUUGCGCCGCCGACGUCAUUAGCCCCACCGGGCACACCGACGCCCAGACUCUCGCUCUCAUGCUGCAGGAGCAGCUAGACGCUAUCAACAAUGAAAUAAGGCUGAUUCAGGAGGAAAAGCAAAGUACAGAGGCGCGAGCGGAAGAGCUGGAGUCAAGGGUGGGUAGUUUGGAACAUAUGAAUUUAUUAGCACGAGGCCGAAGUCUCGAGCGUGCUUCUCCUCCACUUAGUGGCAGAUCCACCCCAAAAUCACAUCACAGCCCCAACCGAGACUACUUGCACAAGUACCAUACUGCACCAGCGUCAAUGUCCCCAGCACAUCUUCAUCAAUACGCCGCGUCUUUGGCUAGCCCCGGUCAACUCUCCGAGUCACUUCCUGCGAGCCAGUUGCAGCUGUCUGGCGACGAGCUUCAUUCGCUGUCGGAGAGUCAAACUGGCUUAGGAAGCGGCGGCAGCGAGGCCGCAUCGCCACUCACCGCCAGGUCCAUCAGACUCGAGCGCGUCGCUCAGGCGUUGGCCAACAGUCAAGAAGAGUUACGAAGACGCACCGGACAAAGCGGAUUCCCAAGCGGUGGUUACUCCAUGCACAGCAAGAGGGGAAGGAUAUAUAGAAAGGGAGGAAGACAAGAAGGAGGAGGAGGGAAGAUCGGGGUGGAUGAAAAGUGUGUGUGCUUAGCAAUGCUGAUGGAAGGUCGCGUGAUCGGCGAGUCGGACGUCGAUGACUACGAGACUGCUGCAGCUGCCUUGGACUGCGAGCAGUUACUCUACAGCAGCGACUCGAGCAGUCCUUCUCGUUACGUCCAAGCCUGCCCAAUCGCCCACGACAGGCACCGCUGCCUCAGACAGACCAGGGAACUUACGAGUGCACAGCACCAACGACAAACUCCCAAGUCUCGAUAUACUUUCAGACCAAGGUUUUUGUGCCUAAACUGCAUCUCCGAGCAUGGGCAUCCUAACAAUGGGGCACUCAAUUCUGGGACUCCGUCCCCAUUGUCCUCGCGACACAGUAGCCAGGACAGCCUGCACAAAAACAACCUCGCCUGCGGACUGCCGAUCGGACAGUACAACGUGGUCACCCAUCAGUACCACCAUAUGCCCACUAACAUGAGUCCAGCCACAGCCGCCGCUGUCGCCGCUGCUCAAAAGAAGAAGGGCAUCAAGAGCAGUCUUGGCAGAUUUUUCAGCAAAAAGGAUAAGAUCAAUAAAGGCAAAGACGCAACUAUGCCCGGUGAUAUGGUUAUGGGUGGUGUCAGCACACCGGAUCCUGACUAUGGAGAGAUCGCAGCUGGUACAGUGGCGGGAACUCUUUCCAAUAAAGGCGACUUCGACCGCCGAAAAAAGAAGAGCAUGCUGGACACGUCGAGGCAUGAGCUGCUGACCGAGGCCAUGAAAGCUGGUACGCCGUUCGCCCUGUGGAAUGGGCCAACGAUUGUCGCUUGGUUGGAACUUUGGGUGGGAAUGCCCGCUUGGUACGUAGCGGCCUGCCGCGCUAAUGUCAAGAGCGGCGCCAUCAUGAGCGCCCUUAGUGACACUGAGAUCCAGCGCGAGAUUGGCAUCAGCAAUCCAUUGCAUCGACUGAAACUGAGGCUGGCGAUUCAGGAGAUGGUCUCGUUAACUAGCCCCUCCGCCCCUAAGACGUCGAGGUCAACACUGGCCUUCGGCGAUAUGAACCACGAGUGGAUUGGCAACUACUGGUUACCAAGCCUCGGGUUACCUCAGUACCGCUCUACCUUUAUGGAGUGCCUUGUAGACGCCAGAAUGCUCGAUCACCUCAACAAAAAGGACCUCAGAGGUCAACUUCGUAUGGUUGAUAAUUUUCAUAGAACGAGUUUGCAAUACGGUAUUUCCUGCCUAAAGAGAUUGAAUUACGAUAGACAGCAAUUAGAAGAUAGGAGGCGUAUGGCUGAGGGUGCGAACGUUGACGUGCUCGUUUGGAGUAAUGAUCGUGUUAUAAGAUGGGUGCAGUCUAUCGGCUUGAAGGAAUACGCAAACCAUCUUCUUGAGUCUGGAGUUCAUGGUGCCCUUAUCGCUCUGGACGAUAGCUUCGAUGCCAAUAGUUUCGCUCUACAGCUACAAAUUCCUACUCAAAAUAUGCAGGCUCGACAAGUGUUAGAAAUGGAAUUUGCAAAUCUAUUGACCGUGGGAACGGAGAGGCGACUCGAGGAUGCAAAUAGCAUGAAGUCCUGAUCAAUCCCGUCGAGGCUUUCAAACCUCGAACCUAAUAUCUAGUCCGAAACCCCAGCUAUAACUACUGUAUGCGCGCAAAUGUAUCACAACAAUUAUUUAAGAGCUUUGUGUUUCGCAUUAAAGGGCAUGUUUGCGAGUCAUCGGAGUGUGAAACUAUACGACUCUGAAGAAAAAAAAACAAA